AUGGAAAUUCUCAACGAUCGAGCUGAAUCGAGUAGAAGUAAUGAAAUAUUGUCACGCUGCAAACUUCACAUCAUACAUUUCGAACCAAUGGAUUUGAUCAAAUGUAUUUCUCAUAAAUAUGCAUCAAAAAGAUUUUGUUAUAAAAAGAUCAUAACAAAAAAUAACAAAAGAAUAGAAUUACAAAAUCCAAAUCCAAAUGAAGCAUUAUUCGGUGUUGUAGUAGAUGUUGGUGAUGAAACUGUUGUCGUCGUUGGUCUUCGUGUUGUUGUUAAAUUAACUACAGAGAUAUUCAACGGCAGUUUUUUAAAUCCGGCAAUAUUGUCCAAAUUCCGUUGUCCAAAUUCCUAUUGUCGGUUUUCCGUUUUACCUCUUUCAUCAACAUCUCGAGUCAAGCCGUUUAGCUCAUCCAGCAAACCCGAUGCAGAUGUGUUAUUUAAGUUUGAUCGAUCGUUAUCAGCACCUUCAACAUGGGCAUUUUCUCGAUUUCUUGCUCGUGGAUUCUCAUUUUCAGAUUCAUCUGAAUCAGAUGAUACCACUAGUGAAAUCACUCAAACGUAUAUUUCGUCUGCAAAGCAAUCAAUGCAGAUGAAAUCGAAAUUAAUCAUUGGUGGUAAAGAUAUUGUGACGCACACGAGUGAACAAGAAGAGACCCUUCGACAGAAACGGUUUGUUAUUUGUUUGUUGAUUCAAGUGAUCGAAAUCAGCUUCGAUGGUAGGCGUUUGAUUGCUGAAGCUGAACGUCGUCAACGUGAAGUUCAACAACGAUUAGCCGAAGGUGAAGAAGAACGACAAACGAUCAAUGCGAAAUAUACGAAUAUAUAA